ACAGUAGGAGAAGCAGUGCACGGGCGUGGUUUACGUUCGUACGGGUUCGCGUUCACGCGCGGAAACUCGCGCAGCUCGAGGGAAGUGGAGCUCGAGCGCUCCCGGUUUGUCACCUGGCUGAUUCGGGAAACGGAGAAAUGUUGAGUUUGGGAAGCGGAGCAGCGAAAAGCGCCAAGCCGUCGUUUGUGUCGUAUGUGACGCCCGAGGAAAUCAAAUCUGAGAAAGAACCACAGAAGAAAGAGAGGCAUCCUGACUUGCUACCAGGGGAAGUGGUGUUCUGCAGUGCGAGUCCCGUUCUCAAACACACACAGGAUGACCUCUCACAGCGGGGAAUCUUCGGCACUCUCCUCUGCACUAAUUUCCGUGUGUCUUUUGUCAGUGACGAGACACCGCUGGAGGAGGCGACCCAACACUUCAGGAAUAAGCUCUAUGGAGAAAAUGAUAUUCCUCUGAUGUGUAUGGACCAUGUCUAUGGAGUUUAUGAUGAGAAGAAAAAGAUGAUAACUGGAGGCAGUCCGGUAAAUAAAUAUCCAUCAAAAAUUAUCAUACACUGUAAAGACCUGCGUGUCUUCCAGUUCUGCUUAACCUAUACCAAAGAAGAGGAUGCCAAAAAGAUCUUUCGGGGUAUUGUUCAACUCUGCCUGGAGCCAAAGUCUCUGAAAUGUGUCUUUGCUUUUUCUUAUGCUCAUGCAAAACGUCCAGAAUUACAAAGAGCACCGAAGACUAUUAUGUUCGAUUCACCAGAUGACUGGGUGCAAGAAAUGAAAAGGACCAAAGGAAACUGUAGAACAGUCACUAAAAACGAGAACUUUGAACUUUCCACAAAAUUACCAAAGUACUUCAUCAUCCCAGCGGCAGUCACUGAUGAGGAUUUAGAUAAAUUCCCAGGAAACGGGUUACCAAUUUGGUGCUGGUCCCACCAUAGUGGUUGUGCUUUAUUUAAAUCCUCCUCUGUGCCCACAAGUCAGGAAGAUGGGGUGGUACAGGCCUACAUGGAGAGAAUGCUUCAGGCUGUGGCUCAAAACCACCUUUAUUCGGUUAAAACGGAGGAUCUUUCAGAGACACUCCCCACCAUUCAGGACAUUCAGCAGUCUUACACCAAGUUCAAGCAAUAUUUUCUCAUUGAUAAUUCAACUGAUUUCUGGGAAUCAGAUGUCAAAUGGUUCUCCUCUCUUGAAAGCUCAGGCUGGCUAGACAUUAUAAGACAAUGUCUCCAUAAAGCAGUGGAAGUUGUAGAGUGCCUUGAAAAGGAAAAUACCAAUGUCCUAAUAAUGGAGGAGGAAGGUACAGAUCUGUGCUGCGUUAUUUCUAGCCUGGUUCAGAUCAUGCUGGAUCCUCACUACAGGACACUGACAGGAUUUCAGGGCCUGGUGCAGAAAGAGUGGGUGGCUGGCUGCCAUGCUUUCCUCGAUCGAUGUAAUCACCUUCACCAAAAGGACAAGGAGAGUCAAUCCCCAGUCUUCCUGCUCUUCCUGGAGUGUGUGUGGCAGCUGGUCCAACAACACAGCGCAGCCUUCCAGUUUUCCGAGACGUAUUUGACCGUCCUGUCCGACAGCGUCUAUGUGCCAGUCUUCAGCACUUUUCUCUUUAACUCUGCCCAUCAGAGAGAAAGCACAAUGAAGGCUGAGUCGCAGUACUCACAAAGAGGCCCAUUGACCUUCCCUGCAGUGUGGGACUGGUCGGUGCAGUUUGACUGGAAGGCCCAGCAGUUCUUCCUUAACCCUUUGUAUAGCGAGAAGCUUAAGCCGGAGAAAGUAUUACGCAAAGUUCCUCGGGGAAAGCAGCACCAACGGCAGAUGUCCUUGCCAAGCUCUGCAUUUAAAACCCCUCCCAAGAAGGGUUUCUUCAAAGAUGAAACCGACAGCCUGAAGAAGCUACUUCGUGUAAAGCGCCUCAGCCGCUGGAUGGCGUCACCUGAGAGCACUGUGGCAGGGACGACUAGUGAGUUCUGUGAGGCUUGGCAACGUCGUCCAGCAGAUCCACAUGGCCUGCUGCUGCCAUGUCUGUCUGGACCAGCUAUGCGUCUGUGGAUGCAGCGGUGCCUCCGCUGGAUCCCUGACAGCCAGAUCGUGGGUGGUGGCUCUGUGGCUGUCACAAACAAGCUUACGGAGCUCCUGGCUCAAGUGCAGGAACUCCGGAGUGAGCUAGAGCACAGGGCCUGUUGGGAUUCACGGUCUGUAAGCCACCGCGUACAGACAAGGCCAAUAGCGUUGACACAGCCCUCUAUGCGUCUGUCGUCCUCUUUCCCCUUUGCUGCUGGUCGGAGCUGGUCCUCCAAGCCUGCCAUUCCCAUAAGCCUUCUGCAUAGUCUGAUGGUAAGCGAUAAGCUAGCAAGCCAAGAUGACGAAAGCAGUGAAGUCAUAAGCUUUGUUUAGGAGCAGGAGACCUGUUUAGAUUGACACAGGUCACUUCAAUGGAGUGACUUUACAUUUAGAUUCAAGGUGUGUCUGUGUGUGUGUGUCUGUGUAUGUAUGUAUGCAUGUAUGCAUGUACACAGACCCAUUCAAAUGUUUUGACACACCUUGUAAAAUGAAUCAUGAAGCUGGUUGAAAAAUACUAAGCUGUCAUCAAGGCAAGAAAUAAGAAUCUAAAAAGGAAAAAAGCUAAGUCACAUUGUUUAAUUCGGUACUGUAUCGAGACUUUGACAAAGGGCUUCAAAAAUUCAUUUCAGGAAAAACAAAAGUUUAGAUCCUACGAGAUCUUCCAAUUUUGUGGAAAUUUACAUAUUAUAAGAUUCCAAUGUGAACUUUGAUUGGCUUCAAAUUGCUUUUUUAUUUCAUUUACUCAGUUGUUCCAUAUUAAUUAUUAUAUUUAUAACUAUUAUAUGAAUUAUAACCAAAGAUAAAAGAAAUAUCUUGCUGUAAAAUUGAGGAAAGGCUAGCGUGUGUUUUAUGUUUUAUGCUGUUUGUCGGUGUCACUAAAGGCAACUCCUCUGUUGCAUUAAUGUGCUUUGUCACCCACGCAUGAAUAUAAAGAAAAUCUGUGUUACUGAUUAAAAUAUAUAUAAUUAAAUUAAAAUUAAUAUAAUGAUAUUUAAUUGUUUGGAUGUCUAUUACUCUAGUAGAGAAGUAGAACAUGAAUAAACCCUUACAGUAAAUAGGCAUGGUCACACUUUUAAGUAGUAGCUGUGCUUUUUGUGUGAUUUGAAGAUGAGAACAAAAAGGUCUGAAGUUUGGUUUAAAAGCAGAUCUUUGUGUAAUGAAUGAACUAGAAUUGGUCUGAGUGAUAAAUCAGGGAUAAAGUCUUGUUCGUAUUGUAGGUGGACCCUACUGUAUCAAAACUCCUGAUUGAGCCAUAAGAACUACGCUUUUAAAGAAGCAUAUAUGCAAGUUAUAUAUCAGGAAUGCGGUGUGUUUAUUUUGUAAAACGGUCUGUAAAUGUCCAAUGGGGGAAAAAAAACAACAUUUGGUGAACAGUUAACAUUUUAGUUCAAAUUUAUUUUUACCCGAUUCAUUUGUCUAGUAAUACAGGGAAAUUGAGAGGAACUUAAUCCAGUUGACUGCGGUCUAGACAAUUAAUCAAUCCAAGAAAAAAAGAGAAUAUUUUAUUAUAUGUAUUAUUAGAUCAGAUAGCGAUGCCUUUGUGUUUUAUCAUGUAAUGUAUGUAUAUAAUGCAUAUAAUUUUGCUCAGUCUUAUGGUGCAUACCUCAGUUAGUGCCUUAACUACUGCCUGCGGUUUUAAUGGUAUAAUGAGAGACUUUAGUCUAGUAGCCAACACACACAAAUAAAAUCCAAAUAAAUAAAAAAUUAAAUCCUCAAAUCUUGCACAUAUGCCAAACAAAAAUGCCAUAUUUACUUUUUAUUAAAAUGCUUUAGUUAAGCUGUGCUUUUUUUCUUUAUGACCACCAUGAAAUGUCCUAAGAUUUAAAAAAAAAAACAGAAAAGAAAACCCACAAGUGUCUGUUUUGGUGCCAUCUGCUGGUUUACAGACUAUUAAACACAGGGAGCCAAAACCAGGAAAGCCUCAAAGAAAAGAACAUAAAAAUUGUGGACUUAAAAAUUAUAUAAAGCAUAAUAUUAAAAAUUCCCUAUAAGCGUGUGUGUGUGUGUGUGUGUGUGUGUGUGUGUACAUAAUGCCUUUUGUUAUUAAUAUAUGGAUGUUACGUCUGUAUGCUAUCACAUACAAGGUGCCUAAUGUAUAUUUUUAUUUCUACUGCCUUUUAAAAUGAUUUAUUAAUUAGAAUCAAAUGCUUUUAUAAAGAUCCUGUUUUGUUUUGUGCUGUUUUUUGAACUGCAUUGCACUACUGCCUGUUUGUGCUCAAACACUGUAACAUAAAGCUAACUAUUUUGAGCUGUUUGUUUACUCUGUUUCUGAAAAUGUGAAGUCUGUUCUGAAAGUUCAGAUUCCUGUACAUUUCUGCGGUCUUUACAUAAAUAAUCGUCUAAUACACUUUAUUAUGUACAUUA